AUGGUAACUGCCGCUGCUGCUGCACCAUCGCAUAUCAUGGCGCAAAUGCAGCCUGACAAAAAAGAGAAGGACGUGGCGGUGGAACAGCCGCCACCAGCCGGAGUGCAAUCGUUCUUCCUGUCCAAGAUUCAAUCAUAUGAACUUACGAUCAAUGAAAAAGCGCAAAAUUUACGCCGCUUAGAAGCGCAGCGAAACGCACUCAAUGCACGCGUCCGCUUGAUCCAUGAAGAGCUCCAACUCUUGCAAGAGCCCGGGUCGUACGUGGGCGAGGUGGAAAAGGUCAUGGGAAAGAAAAAGGUCUUGGUCAAGAUCCAGCCCGAGGGCAAGUAUGUCGUAGGCAUUGCGCCAGAUAUUGAUGUCACGCAGCUGAAGCCAUCGCUGCGUGUAGCCCUUCGCUCCGACUCGUAUACUCUUCACAAGAUCCUGCCGAACAAAAUCGAUCCCCUCGUCUCGCUUAUGAUGGUUGAAAAGGUGCCAGACAGUACAUACGAAAUGGUCGGUGGCCUUGACCGGCAAAUCAAAGAAAUCAAAGAGGUCAUUGAGCUGCCAGUGAAGCACCCUGAACUCUUUGAAAGCUUAGGUAUUGCGCAGCCAAAGGGCGUACUACUGUACGGACCUCCUGGUACCGGUAAGACACUGCUCGCCCGCGCCGUGGCGCAUCAUACCGACUGCAAGUUCAUCCGAGUUAGUGGCAGUGAGCUUGUGCAGAAGUACAUUGGUGAGGGUAGCCGCAUGGUCCGUGAAUUGUUCGUGAUGGCUCGCGAGCAUGCCCCGUCAAUCAUCUUUAUGGACGAGAUCGACAGCAUUGGUUCAAGCCGUGGUGACGACGGCGGAAAUGGAGACUCAGAAGUUCAGCGCACAAUGCUAGAACUGCUGAACCAAUUGGAUGGAUUCGAGGGCACACAGAACAUCAAGGUCAUCAUGGCGACGAACCGAAUCGAUAUUCUCGACAGUGCGCUGCUGCGUCCUGGUCGCAUUGACCGCAAGAUUGAGUUCCCGCCGCCAGGUCCAGAGGCUCGUGUGGCUAUUCUGCGCAUUCACUCUCGCAAAAUGUCUUUGCAGCGUGGGAUCAACCUGCGUGUGCUCGCGGAAAAAAUGGGCCAGUGCUCGGGUGCCGAGGUCCGCGGCAUUUGCACGGAAGCUGGUAUGUAUGCAUUGCGUGAAAGACGACAGCAUGUUUCUCAAGAGGACUUUGAGCUCGCGAUAGCCAAGGUCCUUAAACGCCACACCGACGGCUCUAUGAGCGUCAAUAAACUCUUUACAUAA